AGACACACACAGAGAGAGAGAUGUAAAGAGAGAGAGAGAGGAAAGGAAAGGAAAGGAAGAGUGAAUGAGAGAGUUCCAUUACAGUAGGGUAUUAGUCAGAUACAGAGAGAGCUCGUCCACUCUGUCAGACCUGAGUUGGUCUCUCACGGACAUGCCGCCCCGUCCGUCUCUCAGUGUAGCCACUGAAGCGGGAGAUGGGUAACUCGCAGAGAAAGAUUCCUCCCUGUCGCAUGCAGAGGAGGAAGAGGAGUAGGAGAGGAGGAAGACAGGAGAAGGACAUUGCAGCUGUCUCUAACCUGGAUGUGGAGAGUAAGCUAACAGUGCACUACCAGGCCCCAUGGCACCAGCACCACAACGUGUUUCACCCCUGCAGCCGGCCGCCAUGCGUAGAGGAGCUCCACAGACAUGCCAAGCAGAGCCUGCGAGCCCUGCACAGAGACCAACAGCAACGUCAACGGUCGAACAGCCGCGAGCGCCGAGUGACCAUCUCCAUCUCUGGGGCUCCUCCAAUGCCCACCCUCCCUUCCCCACGCACCCUCAGACGGCACGAGCAGAGGGGCAGGCACAGCCGCGCGCAGGCGAGACCAGAGAGAGAGAUAGAAUAUCAACUGCGGAAGGAGAGACACGUGAGAGAGACAGACAUCCAGACAAUACACAGAAAGGAGAGACCUGGAAGGGAGGGUCACUGUCACACUAUACAGAGAAAGGCUGCCACUACCACUGACCCUGAUGCUGAGCCUGCAGUGGGCCACAGGUCUACUGGUGCUAUCCCCAACCCCCCCUCCACACUGGACAAGCAGACCAACUGGUCCAAGGCCCUGCCUCUGCCCACCCCUCAGGAGAGGAUGAAGAGUGACCCAGCAGUCGUGUCCUCGUGCAUCAUCCCCAUCAACGUCACUGGGGUGGGGUUCGACAGGGAGGCUAGUGUACGCUGCUCCCUGGUACACUCCCAGUCUGUGCUGCAGAGGAGGAGGAAGCUGAGGAGGAGGAAGACCAUCACCGGGAUCCCCAGACGAGUUCAACAGGACAUGGACUCUGAUGAGUCUCCAGUAACGAGGGAAAGGACAGUGGUGGUCCACACCAACCCUCACCUGUCCCUCUGUCAGGAGGAGCUGUCCCUCCGAGGGGGACACACCAAGGACUCUGGCUGCCAGACGGACGACUGCCUGACCGGUGGCGGUGGCGCCCCGUCCAGGAGACGUAUACGUGCCCAGCGCGGCGGCCAGGGGGGCAUCCCCGCCUCCCUCUCCCACUCCACCGGGAACAUCUCCUCGCUCCCCGACCACCCUGACACCGCCAUGUACACCGCCUCCGGCUCCCGCCUCCGCUCCCGCAGCCUCCCCCGCGAGGGCGGCCGCAUACGCGACGAGGACCAGGACGACAGUGAUGAAGAUGAGGAUGAUGAUGACGACGAGGAUGAUGAAGAUGAGGAGCUCUCUCCAUACGAGACGGAGGACUUCCUCCCGGGAACGGGGCCAAGGAUGUUAAAAGACGAGGAGGAGAGUACGGAUGACCAGGCCAUGCCAGAGCUGCAGCUGGGGAGUCUGAAGAGGAUACAGCUAGGAGAUGGGGGGAGUCCAGAACACAUGUGGAUGGAGAGGGGUCGCUCCCGCCUCCCCCGUCAGGUCGACAUGGGGAACUGUGAGAUCUCCUCCAGCUCAGACACCUUCAGCAGCCCCAUCCACUCUGUCUCUACUACGGGGGUGCUGAGAGGACAGAUAGACCACAAGGAGGACCACCAGUCGUCCAGUGGUAACUGGAGUGGCAGCAGUUCCACAUGCCCCUCCCAGACCUCUGAGACACUCCCCCCCGCCGCAUCCCCCCCUCUGACCGGCUCCUCCCACUGUGACUCGGAGCUGUCGCUCAACGCCACGCCGCACGCCAUCGAUGACCUCACCGGCUUUAUCAUCGACCCGUACCAUUCGGAUCAGCCGCAGGGCCAGGGUCAUAGGUCCAGCUCCUUCACCUCCUCAGCCACUGACCAGCUGGAUGAUGCAGGGGUCAGUACUGCCAGCGAGGGAGAGUGGACCUACCCUCAAGAUCAGGCUGAUCAGGACCAGCUGUGUAGUCAGGACUUCAGCCCCAGGCGUUCGUCCAGGGGAGACCAGACCAGGAUAGACUUCACCAGCAUCAGCAGCUACGACGGCUUCUCAGACCGAGCUCCCCCUACUGCUGCAGCAGACUCCCAGGGCUUCUCCUCAUCCUCCAUGCACGUUGACUCCAUGCAGGGCCAGAGUUACAGGAGCUACAUGUACAACUAUGCAGCAGUGGGCUCUGGCGCUGACUGCGGCCAGGGUAAUACUGUGGGCGCUACGCCUGGUGAGGGAGAGGGCAUGGCUGGGUAUCCUCCUCAGUCCUCUGACUACAGGGGAGCCACCCUGACGCCAGGGAGGCCGUGUCGUCCGCUGAAGAAACCAAAGGUCAAGCCACCCCCACCAAAACGGAGCUCCUCGCUGAAGGAGACGUGUAGCGCUGGUGCUCCAGAGAACGUCCCCCCUGAGCAGGGCGAUGAGCAGGGCGAUGAGCAAGGUGAUGAGCAGGGCGAUGAGCAGGGCGACCAGGACCAACCAAAGAUUCAUAGUAGUGGGCAGACCCAGACCCUGAACCUGCCCAUGUCUUCCAGAGACAGAGAGAUGAGGCUGCAGCUGGACAUGGCCAGCCCGGGGGAGGUGGAGAAUCCUGGGUUGGCGGCUGAGGCGUUGGGUGGUGGUGUUGCCUGGGGGAUGGGGAGCCCCAGGAGCCCCAGGACUGUGGAGAUGACGGAGCCCACCUCGUUCGGGUCCACUGACACUCACUCCUUCAAGGACGAGGGCGCCGUUCAGUCUGACUAUGCAGACCUCUGGUUCCUCAACGACUUGAAAUCCCAAAAUAACCUGGACCCCAACGGCUCCUUGUCCAACUCCAGCACUGCUACGGGUACUACUGUUAUUGAAUGCAUCAAGUCGCCGGUGGACAGCUCCUCCUCUCCCGGGGGAGAGACCCAGGCGUUGAUGCAUUCCUCCGGCUCUGGUUCCAGCUCCUCCAGGCCCACCUCCCCUCCUCUUCCCCCCGGGGAUGGAGACUUCAAGCUGGGCUCUCCUGAGAAGCUGGCCGGCCUCGCCUCGCCCUCCAGCGGAUACUCCAGCCAAUCGGAGACGCCCACGUCUUCAUUCCCAUUAGCGUUCUUCCCCGGCCCGCUCUCUCCGACCAGCGGGAAACGGAAACCCAAAGUCCCCGAGAGGAAGUCUUCUCUAUCCUCGCUGCAGCACCAGGCCCAGACCCAGUUCUCUAGCUCGGCCUCUGGGUCCUCCUCUUCCUGUUCCUCUUCCUCUUCCUCGUCAUCCAGGAAGGACUAUGACUUCCCGGCUCCACCCACCCAGCUGGACUUAAGUUCUCUUCACAGCGCCCAUGGCAGCCGGCCGUUACCCACUCUGGCCCACCGGACCCACAUGCACACGCUGCACCAGAACAAGCAGAGGGCAGCAGCAGCAGCAGAGGCCAGGGCCACCGCGUGUAACACUGCAGCCGCUAACGCUAAUGCUAGUGCUAAAGCUAGUGCUAACGCUAAAGCUAGUGCUAACGCUAACACUAGUUCUAAUGCUAACGCUAGUGCUAGUGCUAACGCUAGUGCAGCCCCCUCUGGGUUUAUCAAUGGAUCCACUCUGACUCCAGAGGCCCCACUUGCUGCCAACCCCAUGGCCCUGGCCAUCACCCCCACUGUGCUGCGCUCUGUCCAGCUACGUUCCAUCGGCCACAGGGCCACCGAUGGUUCUCAGCCCCAGGCCCGGGGCCAGGCUCAGGGUGCUCAGGGCCAGGAGCCUCCACCACCACCACAAGCAUGGGCCCACGAGGCUUCAGGGGCCCCUGCCACCAGACCCAAGAUGCCCAGUGUAACCAUCGUGACCCCCCACUCUGACACCAACACCAGGCCCCUGCCACCCAGGAGACCCAUUGCCCAGAAACCCCCACCACCACCGACCCAGGACCCCCACCACCCUUCUCAGGAGCACCACCACCACUCUGUACCCCAGCCCCAGCACCACCCCACCCCCAUGCAGCACCCGGACGGCCCCCCGACCUAUGAGAGCCUGGCCAGGCACCGGCAGGACCGCUACAGCCCCGGAACCUUCUGGGCAAUGACGGCGUUCCGGACGCGCCCUGCGGAACCUUUGGAACUUGAGGAACCCACGCACCGAGCGCCACCGCCAACUCCGGAACCCGUGAUUCCUACUACACACCCGGAGUGCCACGUGCUAGGGGAGCGGAUAGAGGACGAAGAAGACGAGGAGGAGGAAGAGCACGAUAGAGAGAUAUCAAGGGUUAUGAGUCACAGUCAAGGCCUCAUUAGAGAAUAUCGAGAAUAUCAUCAAAGAGAUCAUCCAAGGGAACCACCGACGUACGAGACGCUAGAGGAGUCCCACUCAUAUCAGUCCCAGUCACAUUAUCACAGCCAGUCACAGACACACUCCUGUCACAGUCAAAUGGUCCAGAGGUGGGACUUGGGCCCAAGCAGCGGUCCUGACAAAGUGCCCGGUGUAACGGUGGAAGCAUCACACCCUUACUCAAUCAGCCAUGUGAUAGAUCUAAGAGGUCGGAGUGGAGAGGACCGCUAUGAGAUGACAUCAUCAGGGGUUCCUAGCAGAAGUGCCUCUCAGGAUAACAGCAGAGAUGACUCCACCACACCGGACACAGAGGACUACUUCAGCAAAGAGUCUACUAGUCCCAGUGAUAACUCCCUCUCUCCUCUGACUGACGAAACAACCAAACCUGAUGAUGAUGUUGUCUUCAUGUCGCCCAGCAAAUCACGUACUACUGAAGACCUGUUCGCCAUGAUCCACAGGUCCAAGAGAAAAGUCCUGGGCCGUAAAGACUCUGGAGAGCUGAGUGGGAAGAGCCGUCUGUGUCCUCCUCCGGCUGCCGUCGUUCCACCUGCAGCUAUCCUCCCAGAUCCCCCUCCGCCCCCUCUCAUCAUCCCCCCCGCCCCAGCCCUCUCCACCCUGACCGCGGCCGGGACCCAGCGCACCCCAGGACCCAUCUACCGCAGCGCCAAGAAGUCCAGCACCUCCAACGAGGAGUUCAAGCUGCUUCUCCUGAAGAAGGGCAGUCGGACUGAUUCCAGCUACCGCAUGUCUGCUACAGAGAUCCUCAAGAGCCCCAUCGCCCCUAAGUCCCCUGGGCACCCCUUGGCUGCUGAGGGCCAGGUCAGGUACCCCACCGAGGAGCCCCCCUCUCCCCUGCAGGAGCCAUCAUUGCAGGCGGACGGGGAGCAACUCUUCCCCCCCAGCCUCUUCCCCAGGCCCAGUUCAGACAGCUUCAGCCCUAAAACACCCCCCACGUCGGCUUCGUCCAGACAGGGGCGCUCCCGGAUCCCCCCUGCAGCCAAUAGUAGUCGCUACAGCACCCGUAGCCGGCUCUAUACGGCACCCAUGCAGGUCAUAUCAGAGGGGGAGACUGAGAACUCAGAUGGGAGUCCCCAUGAUGAUCGCUCCGCGUAAUGAUCGCUCUGCUCAGUGCAGAAACAUGUACCCUAAUCCUUAUUUGGUGUGCUACUUUUGACCAGGGCCCAUAUAAGGAAUAGGAUGCCAUUUGGGACGUAGACAUAUUUAUAUGGAUCUGGUUCAGUGCUGUUACUGUUCUUAUCUACUGAGUACUGAAGGAUACACAACUCAACAAAGAGGGUAUAACCAGAGAGAAGACUACUCUGGACUACCUGCCUGGGGGUUUGAUAUCUUGGUGCAGAACUGAAGAACACAACUUUGUGUUUUGUUCAGAGUGUAAAGAAAGAAAAAAAAAUGUUCUUGUUUUGAACUUUGAACUCCCUUUUUAAAUAACCCAAGAUCCUGUAUUGAGUGAAACGUGGACAAGAGGAGAAAAAUGGAGCGGUAAGACAACCUGUGUGUGUGUUGGAGCAAAUGGAACGUCCAUCGUCAUUUUUUAUCUUCUUGGAUGUUGGAUGACUUGUAUGUCGUGUCCUAACGUGACCCUAAAAUAACUGCUUUCCGAAAGAAUUGCAUUUCUCUCUACACUUACCCAGAGGACAGGUCAUUAUUUCAACCAUAAACAAAAUAUUCCCAGUCGACAAAAAUGAAUAAGCUAUAUGUUUUGUAUUGCUACCGCCCCAACACAAAACAAUGGACUGUGAUCACUAUUGACAACCAUGUGUCAAAGUAUUGUUUUACCAAGAGUGAGUUAACAACACACAUAGGUCAACAUGCCAUCCUCACAUAGAUAAACUACAUGUAAAGAAAUAGGAAUGACCUAUGACCCUAGAAGAGCUCUCAGUGCAGGGAAUCCUGGCAGGGACACAUAAGGGAAAUAUUUGGUCUUGUUGAAGUGAUGUGGUGCAGAUGUCAAGGUGUCAGAAGAGAUGAUGGGACAAUCGUGCUGUGGCCUUUCUGCGCUGGAGGGCCAAGCAUGCCGGGGAUUCACUGACUACUCUAGAGGAGAUAUUUACGACUAUAAAAACAAACAAAGAGUGAAAAGCUAUCGAGGGUCUUUCCCACUAAUGUUUGGCUAGCUAGCUGGGAGGUUGAAAUGGAUCGGGUUUUCAAAGCCUAACUUCUCCUUUGCACUUCGUCAUUAUGAAUUCUUCAAGAAUAUUCCUUGAGAAAAAUAAAACUAAUCUUAUAAUGGAAAAUUCCUAUUGUGUAUAUUUGUAUUGAAUAUAAAAGAACAUAGCUAUAUGAAGAGACAUACAAAAACAUUUUUAACGACACAAACCCAUCAUUUGUAGCAGAGUGGAUUGGGGACGUAGAAAUGGAAUAACUACAUUCUAGAAUGACUAGAUUCUGUUUCUAUGGGGAUAGGUGGGGGGGUGCAAUCUUUCCGUAGUUCCGUAACAUCAGUAGCCAGGGGCACGUCGCAAAGCCCAACACAUUAAUCAUACAACCUUAUUAAGAGAAACAACAAAUCAUCUGUCCUUGUGAAAAUAUCGGUUUGAAUCUUUAAGAUUUCACUCAAAUAUUACGCUUCUCUCUAGUGUUUUUUUUCAGGUUUUAAACUCAUUUAACAUAACAAAUGGGUUAUACAUUUUAAGUAAUGACAUUCUGGUGAACAGACCAAUCUUGAAGAGUUGUGUUUCUACAUUGAAAAACAAACUGUAGAUCAAUGAAGUCACUCAAUGUGUUCUAUGAAUACCUCUGCAACCAUAUUACUGUUCGUUUGUACAGAUCUAACAUAGAGAUACAUAGAUAAAAGGACAACUGUUACUCAGCGAAAUUUGAAUUGCAGAACUAACUGAACUGACACUGUGUACGAGGUUACAGGAGGAAACAAGCUGUGAACUAAUUAGAAUUUGACAUGAAUUAAUAUCUGUUGCUGCAGAGCACUGUGGUGUUCCUUGUUUUAUUCCUAUUUUCAUCUAUCGCAUGCAAUAAACAAAAAAACACCAUAUCAUUUUCAAGAGGGGAAAUAUCUGUUAGAGAUACUACCACGAGAAAAGAUAUCGAAUUUUCAGUUUCAUUUUUGAAUAUGUAAAGUUGGGUGUAAUUCAAUAUAUGUACAAAAUGUUUGACAAUUCUGUUUUGUAUAGUUGUGUUCAUGGACAGGGGGGUAUCUUGUACUGUAAAAUGAACAAAAAAUGACUGGACAAUCAAACAGAGAAUUUGGAAAAACGUAAGAAAGCUAUAAGAGUACGUAGGUUCCAGGUAAGGGAUGAGUAUGUUCUGGAGUUAGUUAUUAUGUAGGUUCCAGGUAAGGGAUGAGUAUGUUCUGGAGUUAGUUAUUAUGUAGGUUCCAGGUAAGGGAUGAGUACGUUCUGGAGUUAGUUAUUACGUAGGUUCCAGGUAAGGGAUGAGUACGUUCUGGAGUUAGUUAUUAUGUAGGUUCCAGGUAAGGGAUGAGUACGUUCUGGAGUUAGUUAUUAUGUAGGUUCCAGGUAAGGGAUGAGUAUGUUCUGGAGUUAGUUAUUACGUAGGUUCCAGGUAAGGGAUGAGUACGUUCUGGAGUUAGUUAUUACGUAGGUUCCAGGUAAGGGAUGAGUACGUUCUGGAGUUAGUUAUUACGUAGGUUCCAGGUAAGGGAUGAGUACGUUCUGGAGUUAGUUAUUACGUAGGUUCCAGGUAAGGGAUGAGUACGUUCUGGAGUUAGUUAUUAGUAAAAAGAUCCAGGGUGAAAUCCUUGUGAGAGUCAGAUGAAUUGAGCUUGAGAUGGGACGGGAGGUAGGAUGGGCAUGUGCAUGCGUGUGCACUUGUGUGUGUAUGUGUGCGUGCGCAUCUGCGUGUGUGUGUGUGUGUGUGUUACGUGGACAGUGAACAGAGCAGGUAGAGGUAGGGUCGUCGUUAGGUAGGGCAACGCACUACAAUUCCUCCCUGUACUCUUAGAAAAAAAGGUGCUAUCUAGAACCUGAAAGGGUUUUUCGGCUGUCCCAAUAGGAGAACCCUUUGAAGAACCCUUUUUGGGUUCCAAGUAUAACCCUUUUAGUUCUAGGUAGAACCCUUUCAGGUUCCAUGUAGAACCCUUUUUACAGAGGGUUCUACAUGGAACUUAAAAGGGUUCUACCUGGAACUAAAAAGGCUUCUCCUAUGGGGAGAGCCGAAGAACCCUUUUGGAACCUUUUUUUCUAAGAGUGUGUGGUAUAAUUGUGUUAACAUUCUAUUUCAUCUUAUCGUUUUACAAACUGUUGGACUAUAAAACUGCAGCCAUUCAUUUGCCUGGUGUUGAAAUGCCAUACUAUAUAUAUAUCUAGGCGUUUGGUGAACCUUUCUGUGGUCAAAAUUACACAAAAUGGCUGGUUAGACACUGGGGAACAUUGGGGAACAUUGGGGAACCAAGAGACAGGUACCUCUCUAUGCAUUGUGUCUCUCUUUUAAAUGUAGAUUAUGGUGCGACAACUUGCCAGGAUCUACAAGAUGACAUUCAUUAAUAACAAUAAGUAUACGGCAUUGUAUAGAAACUAUUUUUAAUCACAGGAUAUUUUAUCCAGAGAGUUAUUUUAUUAUCAUAUUGAAUAACCUAGAAGAGGAAUGAUGGUGAAACUGAAAGACAUUUAAUAUCAGAGUCUAUAAUAAUAUCAUGAUUGAACUGAACUGGCUGAUGCUAAACGUGACGGUGCAUUCUUAGAAUGCAUCCCAAAUGGCACCCAUAUUCCCUACCUAGUGCACUACCCCAUAGGGCUCUGGUCAAAAGUAGUGCACUACAUAGGGAAUAAAAGGGGGCCAUUUCUGACUCAGUCUUAGAAUAUGAACGUUAAACUAUAUGGUGUCAAAAUCCAUCUUGAGUAGAUAUUUGGGAUCCUCUGAAGUCAUUUUUAAUUGUUCAUAUGGAUUAGUAACAGUAGUUUGACAUAAUCUGUAUGCAGCCAAAACAAAUAUAUAGAUUAUAUUUUGAUGAUUUGUGUUCCCAUUGCAAGUGUCUUUCAACUUUCGGUAAAGUAGCAAUGUAGCCAUUUCCCCCCAGGCAAGGCCCCACAGACUAAAGACAUUGGUUUGUCUGAGGCCAGGCCCCACAGACUAAAGACAUUGGUUCAUCUGAGUCCAGGCCCCACAGACUAAAGACAUUGGUUUGUCUGAGGCCAGGCCCCACAGACUAAAGACAUUGGUUCGUCUGAGUCCAGGCCCCACAGACUAAAGACAUUGGUUCGUCUGAGUCCAGGCCCCACAAACUAAAGACAUUGGUUUGUCUGAGGCCAGGCCCCACAAACUAAAGACAUUGGUUCGUCUGAGUCCAGGCCCCACAGACUAAAGACAUUGGUUUGUCUGAGUCCAGGCCCCACAAACUAAAGACAUUGGUUCGUCUGAGUCCAGGCCCCACAAACUAAAGACAUUGGUUUGUCUCUGAGGCCAGGCCCCACAA